UCAGAGCUCGCCUCCUCCUCCUCCUCCUCCUCCUUCUGGGUUUUCAUCGCGCAGGCUGGCUGGUGGCAACGGGAGCUGUCCUACUCGGCAGCCUCCUGAAAUCCCUGCUUCUCUCCUUCUUCCCACCAUGUAAGAGCGAUGAGACUUCCAGCCACACCUUUGCAAUGGAGGAAGAUUUGUUCCAGCUAAGGCAACUGCCGGUUGUCAAGUUCCGUCGGACAGGAGAAAGCAACCGUUCCGAAGAGGAUGCUGUGUCAGGAGAGCACGAAGUUCAGAUUGAGGGUGUCCAGACUGACUUAGAAGCUGUAGAGUUGGAAGAUGGAGGAAUUGUGCCAAAGGACUUCGCCAACCCAACUGAUGAUACUUUCAUGGUGGAAGACGUGGUGGAAGCUAUUGGGUUUGGCAAGUUCCAGUGGAAACUCUCCAUUCUGACUGGCUUAGCAUGGAUGGCUGAUGCCAUGGAAAUGAUGAUUCUGAGCAUCUUGGCACCUCAGCUUCAUUGUGAGUGGCGAUUACCCACCUGGCAGGUUGCGUUGCUCACAUCGGUGGUUUUCCUGGGGAUGAUGUUCAGUUCCACACUGUGGGGAAAUAUUUCAGACCAAUAUGGCAGAAAAACCGGGCUGAAGAUCAGCGUGCUCUGGACAUUGUAUUAUGGAGUCCUUAGUGGAUUUGCACCAGUUUACAGUUGGAUCUUGGUCCUGAGGGGCUUGGUGGGAUUUGGGAUUGGAGGCGUCCCUCAGUCGGUAACGCUAUAUGCAGAAUUCCUCCCCAUGAAAUCCAGAGCAAAGUGCAUAUUGCUGAUUGAGGUCUUCUGGGCCAUCGGAACUGUCUUUGAAGUCCUCCUUGCGGUGUUUGUGAUGCCCACCCUUGGCUGGCGAUGGCUACUCAUCCUUUCAGCCGUCCCUCUUAUGCUGUUUGCCAUCUUGUGUUUUUGGCUGCCAGAAAGCGCCCGAUACGAUGUGUUAACCGGUAACCAGGAAAAGGCCAUUGCUACCUUGAAAAGGAUUGCAACUGAGAAUGGUGCCCCGAUGCCUCUGGGGAAGUUGAUUAUGUCUAGGCAGGAAGAUCGAGGGAAAAUGAGGGACUUAUUCACGCCACAGUUCAGACUGACCACACUUCUGCUGUGGUUUAUCUGGUUCUCCAAUGCCUUUUCUUACUACGGCCUCGUCCUGCUGACCACGGAGCUAUUCCAAGCAGGAGACCUUUGCAGCUUGUCCAGCAGGAGGAAGACAGUGAAGGCAAAAUGCAGCCUGGCGUGUGAAAUUCUGACGGAAAAGGACUACAUUGAUCUGCUCUGGACCACCCUCUCCGAGUUCCCAGGGGUUCUUGUGACCUUGUGGGUGAUUGACCGGAUUGGCCGGAAGAAGACGAUGGCGCUCUCCUUUCUGGUCUUCUCCUUCUGCAGCCUCCUGCUCUUCCUCUGUGUUGGAAGGAAGAUGCUCACCGUGCUGCUCUUCGUUGCCAGGGCCUUUAUUUCGGGAGGGUUCCAGGCUGCGUAUGUUUACACCCCCGAGGUCUACCCAACCGCCACCCGUGCCCUGGGCCUGGGGACAUGCAGCGGAGUGGCCAGAGUUGGCGCCCUCAUCACACCCUUCAUUGCGCAGGUAAUGCUGGAGUCUUCGGUCUAUCUGACGCUGAUCGUUUAUAGCGGGUGCUGCAUCUUGGCAGCUUUGGCCUCCUGCUUGCUUCCCAUCGAAACCAGAGGCCGCGGCCUCCAGGAGUCCACCCACAAGGAGUGGGGGCAGGAGAUGUUCGGGCGCGGCGUCCCCCAAUCGAACUCUGGCUCUCAGGGGUGAUUGCCCCACCUAGAGGAAGUCAAGUCCCAACACCUGAGAAGUGCAAUAUCUCACCACCAUCCUCGGCCCAAAGAAGGGAUGGUCAACCUGUCCCGGAUCCUUUGUUGCUUGCAUCUUCACCACCCCCACGUGCAAGGAGAGGCAUUCCAUCUGGGAGAUGAAAGUGUGUGUGUGUUUGUGUGCAUUGAGGAGGGAUGUGAUAUAACCAUGGAAAGAUCUAGCCGCAAAUUUCUACUACGUUUGUCACGGUGGACACAGAUAACAAGAGGGCCAGGCUUUGUUCUUGUUGCCAAGUGAGCGUCUUCAUCUCACACAAGCAAUCCCCCUGCCUUCAAGGACUCCGCUUUUCAGUCUGAUGUCUUCAACCCUGAGAAGCAAACAGGUUCAUAUGUAUGUGUACUCACGCCUAGAGCAGCUCACACACACACUUGUGACUUGAUCGUCAGCCUUGCACUCUUUCUGUCACCAUGAACUGUCAAGGCCCACAGACCUUUACUAAUUUAGCUGAAUCUCCUUGGCAACUGGGAUUGUGAGGGCGGAGAGGCAUUCAGAUAAAUGCUGUUCCUCUCACUGAUGGAGAACUUCCUUGGAUAUUGAAGUCAAUCCUGCAUAAAAAAACAAAAAAAAAACCACGGAAAUUUGGACACACAGCAUACGGCUGUGACUGCCCUGUCUCCAAAGGAAGAGUGUGCAGCAGAAAACUCCCCCCCCCCAGGUGACCCAUAGACUGAAGUGUUUUUCUCAGGAGGCAACUGGAGGAGCAAACAUCUGUAAGUUCACCAAAUGAUGCACGGUGAGGUAAUAACAGGAAAUAUUCUCUUUUUCAGUUGAAGAAUUUAGGUUCAUCCAGUAAAACGGAAGGGAGCAGGUUCUGUCCAGUCAAGCUAGAUCACUUUUUUAUGCAAUGGUGAUGGUUCCUUUUGGUUCAUAUCCACCUUCCCCAACAGAGAGGCCUAAGAAUGACUACAGGUCCUGGUGGUGGUCAUCCCAAGACAUCCAGCUUAGCCAUCCUCUUUCUGUCACUGGGCACCCCUCAAAUGCCAAAGGUUCAUAGACGGGAGGAGAAGAGGGCCCCAUUGCUAGACAUCCCUCCUCAUUUCUCCUUCUGUUCAGAGGCAUGUCUUCUCUGCCGUGACUUGUGGUCUUUGACUGGCUCAGCUAAGGUGAAAGACAUCAUCUGGACGUCGUAUCUGCACUGGGAAGCCUCGGAUGGUUUGUAAGGAGGCUGUACUUCGAUAGCUAUGAAGUGUGUGUGUGUGUGUGCCAGAGGCAUGUGCGGGCAACUUCUAACAUGUUUAGGGCUAUGUGGCUUCUACUAAGAUGGUUUCAUUCCUUGUGUGUCCCAUCACACUCGGCCAAUAAAGAAUUCUAUUCUAUUUCGAUGGAUAUCUUCAGAGAUGUCCCCGAGUGGCUUUCUGGGAUGUGGUUAUUUCAAAACAUUUUCCAACUGCUACUAAAAAAUGUACAUAGGUUCUGCUAGUUGUACAAAUGAUUUGUACAGGUAGACCAGCUUUUUGCCGACACAAAAAUGAUGAUCAAGAAGAGUUUGUCUCUUCCAAACUGAAUUGCAGGCUAUUUAAAUUGAUUAGAUUUCUCCCUGGCGAUACGAGCCAACUUUGCAAGCUUUUGAUUGUUGAGCUGGAAAUUUAUGCUGUCACUUUUUUUUCCUGUCUGACAUAAGUUUUGGCCUUCUCAUAUUCGAGGAACAUUUUAAUACCAGAAAAUCACCAACAUAUGUAACAAAGAUAGGACUCUAAACACAUAAAGCUCGGUUGGUGUAUUCAUUAAAAAAGAAGCAAAAAUGCUAUUUGACAUUCAGUUGUGGUGUUUGGGACUCUGUGGGUUCUCCAGUUCCUUAACUGGCAAAGCUUUGGGGAGAGUUUGCUGUAUAUGCUGUGUUGAAUGGUAUUUGUAUUUUUCAGUAUUUGGGGCUGGGGGCGGCCAGUAUUGUUUAAAUGUCUGCUAUGUUUGAAUGUACAGUUUCUAACUGUGAUGCCUGUUCUCAAGAUUUCUGUAUCCUGAGCUUCUUGUACGAUAUUCUCCUGUCUCCGUUAAUUGCACACCAUUAGGUAGGGCAAUUCCACACUGGAUAUUUUAUGCUGAAUAAAUGAAUAGUUUUUCAUAAGGAAGAGGAUUACGGCAUUCUCACUCCCUCAAAAAUAGGAAUUGCGUCCCCCCAAGGAAGUGUCCCCCAUCAGGUGAAAACUCACUACAGCUCUAGUGCCCUAAGGGAGAGUCUUUCCUUUUCUGGAAGUUUGCAGCUGGGGCUGCAAAAUCCAGCAUGAAAAUCAGUGGAAAGCAGCUGGAGAUGUCAUCCCGAUUUAUUCAGAGGGACAAUCUCACUCUAAGUA